AUGGGAGCCUUGGAGGAACUCACAGGGGCCCGUUUGGGCUCCGCGGAGGGGCGCAUUGGGGCUGUGGAGACAAAGGUAGAGUCGCUCGAGAACAAGAUUGAGGAGCUCAGCAAGCGACUUGAAGCGGGGUCCGGAGCUUCGGGAAGCGAGGGCGAGCGAAAGCUCACCCUUGUGUACGGUGGGUGGCCGCGAGACAGCCGGCGAGCCGACAUACUCCAGCAGCUCCGGCGAGGGUUGGAGGGCCUUCAGGUGUGGGAAAUGGUGGAUUCGGAGCCUUUCACCACGGGCCCCCGGCGAACCACAGCCCUCAGCGUCUUUAAGGCCCGUCCUGGUGAAUCCCACUACGAUGUUCGUCAGCGAAUGCAUGGCAUCAUACGCUCCCUCGCUGACAACGAAAUCCUCCUGCCGGGGGAAAAGAAGCUCUUUGCCACCUUUGCCAAAAGCAGGGCUGAGAGGGACAUCGCAGGGCAUGCUGCCUUGGUCAAGAGGACGAUCCAUGGUUUGGCUCCACAGGCCGCACAUAAGCUUGACAUUGAGUAUGCCUCGGGAGGGGUUUGGGCAGGACAGAGCUUCGUUGCCAGUGCUCGGCAGCCGCCCCCACCGGGGGUUGCGCCGGGGAGCCUCGUGUGGGAUGAAAACAAAGGGGGCAAAUGGUGGAUCCACGUGGCAGGGUUGGCACGUGAGCUUGGGCUUUCCGAGGCGGCCAUCAAGGUAUCCUUUCCGCUGUAUAGCUGGAAUGCUGGUGGUGCUGCAGAGAACAACUAUGCUAAAACCAUCUCUGACCUUGUGGAAGGAAUACCGGGGGAUGCUUUGAUUGUGAUUCAGGAAGUGGCCCGCCAGGAACCUGGCUGGCAACGACAAACUCAUGAUGCCUGGCAAUCUCUCCUCUUUAGGGAUCCGGAUGCUUGGCGAGGGGUUGGACUGAUCUUCAAGCCUGCUCAGUGGAGUGUGAUGCGAAGGAAAACGACCGAGCGAGGUGCAUGGUUUCGUGUGAGACAUGUCAGUGGGAGCGAGCUCUGGGUAGGAGCAGCACAUUUCACUCCGGGCACAUCGCAGGCAGUGCAUGGAGCACAGGUCUCGGCACACUUGAAAGGCUUGCCACCGACUCAUUUGCCGGUUCUGCUUGGGUGUGAUGUUAAUGCACGGAUCUCGUGGUGUGUUGGCGAUGAGGGGGAGGGGAUUCCUACUGCAAAGAAUGGCAAGAUGUUUGACUUCCUAGCUCAGUGCAAGGGCAGAGGGCUUGACCCUGUGGCGCCUGACGAACAGGACUUUGAGACUCCCACUAGUUGCCCCCGACAGGAGGGCCGGACUGGCAGCCAGAUCGACGUCGUACUUGGGGCUAGAGCGCUGGGUACGGAUCACGAGCUGCUCUCCGCUGUGGUCCACAUCAAGGCGGAAUUGCGAAAGCUGGCACAGGAUGCCUUUUCCUAUGCCAAAGCUACUGGGGAGGGGGCGGCCUGGACAAGGGCCAGGAAGCUUCGGAAGCAAGCGCGACUCGAAUGGGAACAAGACAGGUUGGACCGUGCUACUUCGGGGGAUUGGAAUGCCUAUCGACAGCUCAAGAAGCCCAAAAACGAGGGGUGGGACGUGGUCUUCGCCGAGGCACAUGAAGGGAAGGAACCACAUCAGGUGAUACACGAUCAUCUUGCAGGGAUCUAUGGUACUGGCCAGGUGAUUCCACCCCUAGGGGCUUGGGAUGGGCCUGUUGACUUGUUCACCCUGGAGGAGCUCGAACAGGCAAUCUCUAAAGGGAAGCGCGGGAAAGCUGUAGGGGUUGAUGGCACUAGCCAGGAGUUCCUCGUGGGCUUAGCAGCUGUACCAGGAGGCAAGGAAGCUCUACUUCGGUUCUUCAACAAAGUUUACCAGGAAGCAGCCAUCCCCGCUGAUUGGAACACAGCCCUUAUGGUGGUCAUACCUAAGGAGUUGUUUCCAGUGGAACCCAAAAGCCUCAGACCCCUGGCGAUGAGCUCCAGUAUCGCCAAAUGCUACUGCCGACUGCUCCUUGGGCGAACAGCGUGUUAUCUUCAGCACUCAGGACCGUCCCAGUGUUCACGGGAGGGCAGGCAAACAGCGGAGUAUGUGUUCACGAUUGCCAGGGUAAUGGAACUGGAGGCUGAGUGGAAGCGAGGGGUGGUGAUGGCGAAGAUUGAUCUCCACAAAGCAUAUGAUAUGGUAGAUCGACCUGCACUUCUUGCCAGGCUGCAACGAGCAAUGGGGGAUGGGCCUACUUUCAGAUCAUGGCAUGCACUUCUUGCAGAGACUGAUGCAGUCCUCCAGACGGGGUGGGAUUGCAGCAGGUUGCAGCUGGAUAGAGGCAUCAAGCAGGGCAGCAUAGAGAGCCCCGCUCUUUUCAGCUACCUAGCCGAACAGAUCUUGGAGGAUACUAAGGUGUUUCCAGGACUGGCGCUCGAGGAGUCCUUGUUCAUGGAUGAUGGAUGUGUGUGGGCUCCUACUUCCCAGGCCUUGGGGCGGAAACUAGAGGAAUGGUCGGAGGUACUGUUACGUGCAGGGCUCACCUUGAAUCCCUCUAAAUGCAAAGUGUACUUUUCCCCCUAUGCCGACAAGUCCAAGCCGGUGACAGUCCAGGGCAAGCCGGUUCCCUCGCUGCCUGCAUUCACUAUCAUGGGGGUUCCCUUCAGAGUGGGGGCCAACUCGGCAGAGCUGCUUGCACCCUUUGUUCAGCGGGCCAAGGACAAAUUCUGGUCCAUAAAGCACCUGCUGAGGGCGAGAACACCAUUGAAAGGCCGUGUGCAGUUGCUCGACAGGGUAGUGGGAAAUUUGGUUCUUUGGUGUUUGGCGGCAUUGACACCUGAUGCAGGGGGAAUGCAGGCGAUGGUCUACAGCAUGGUUGGAUCGCUGGUGGACUUUCGCAGGCUAUGGAUGUGCCUUGGACAGGAGGGACCGGAUUACAAGGACAGCGCCUUGGCUAAAGCACAGCUUGAAACUUACGAAGCUCGGCCAUGUGGGGCAGGCACCACUUUUCAUGAAGCAAAGCGCGAUCCGCGCCCGGGGGAGCUUCCCUCACAGAAGGUUGACGAACAGACGCCCUUGCUGGAGUAUGUGACGACGCCUCUCCAUGGAGGCAACCGGCAGGGAAAGCAAACAUCAGAAAGUGACCGAACCGAGAAAACAGAGGGCUCGAUGAUGGAACAACAGCAUGGGGCCGAUGAGGACGAGGCCGAUGAGGAGAUGUCGAGCUUUAUGCAGUCGGAGCACUUGCAAGGGUUGUGGCAUGAGCUGCUGGAGGAGAUUCGUCUCAAGCUCGAGGGCUAUGGAAAAGCCGAACGAAGCCAGGUGGCUGGACAUUUGAUCCGGCUGCUAGCCCACAGGGCUGUGAAGUCGGCAGACGGAUACCUGCUGGGGCACAUGACUGGGCGAACGGCCUCCCUCACGGCUCUCCUUGUGGCUAUGAGAGACGAUGAGUGUUAUGGGUGCAAGGUGCCGCCUGGGGAUGAGAAAAUACCCUGGUUGAGACAAGCGUGGGAUGGGAUUACGAGGUACAUACCGGAGCAUCCUGGAAGCAGAGCAGCAGAAGGGAAGUGGCCGGACCAUGACACGCCAAUGAUCAUCCGGCUCUUCAUGCAUCCAGUCCCCAUGGACACACCUCCGACCUCCCCGAUCCGCAUCGAGGACAGCCUUGAGGCACAAGGGGAGAGAGCUCCCAAGCGAGCCUGUGUUCGGGUUGAACUCAGCUCUGGCUCUGGCGAUCAUCCUCAGAUGGUGGCUCUGGAGGUGCCAAUCGAGGGCGGUCGAGCCCGACUCAACCUGGAUGUCAGCAUACCGGAGACCGAGGACCGAGCGAGCCCUGCCAGCGCAAUACCGGCUCCAUGGCGACCGCUGAGCUCAGGUGACCCCGGUACAGUGGGGAACCUACCUGUCGAGCUACCAGCCCCGGCUGGGCCGGAAGCGGACUUUGAGCAGCUACAAAUGGGGUGGCAAGGAGGGCAAAUUACAGUGGAGGCUGUCACCAGCGAGCAUGGCCCCUAUGUGGCUGAGCAGCUCCUUCUUCAGUGGGGGCCGCCAGGAGAUGAGACCACGAACUGUGGGCCGGUGAGCACCCAACAUGCUAGGCCACCGGUGGCAGACACGGCUCCGGACCAGGAGGAAGACGAUGCGACAGGGUUGCUUGCUAUGUGGUGGUUUCUUGUGGUGCCAGGGGGAAGUGGUGCAGGGGUGCAGCAGCGAACGGAGGAUUUCUUCUCUGUUGCAAGACGGGUUGUGCGAUACCUGCAGGACCACGGCACGCCGGAGGUGGUGGUUGCUUCGGCCUUGAUGGAGCAAGUGUGGCGACGACAUGAGGAGGAUUACACCUUACAAAUGGAGGACUACUAUGACCAUAUGGGGCUCACCAUCCAUGUGGAAAGGGAUUGUGCCACCGACCUCACAGCGGACAGUGAAGCAGUGAUUGAGUGGCUGGAAGCUGAGUUGUGGCAGGAGUAUAUUGAUGAACUCGAAGGAGCUAUAGGAGAAUGCCACCAGGUGCAGGAAGCCAGGCCAGGGCAUACCCAGCUGGAUGACGUGACCUCGUUCAUGGAGGGAGGACGAGCUAAGCCGACGCCGAAGCACAAAGCCAACCCCGCCAAGGGCCGUGGACGAGAUCGCCGACGGGACGAAGAUGAAGGAGGGGAGGACAGACGGCCCGAGCGGGGCAGAGGCGGCCCAUCCGACACCAGCCGCCGUCGAGUGUCUCGCCGCCGUUAUCCUCGUCGUGGGAUGGCUGGCCCGCGAGCCCGCUCGCGCACUCCAGUGGCGAGAACGACCACGGAAGUGAGACGGCUGCUUCCAAGGGCUGGUGGCAGAAGCCCGCCCAUGACCAUCGGGGAUGCCACUUGCUUUUGGCUCCACACGUUGGGGCUACGAGACGGCUUAGCGACAGACGAUCACAGGGCUCUCAACCCGGAGGAGCAUGAGAACAGGGUCCAAGCGAUAUCCGAGGUGAGGCCAGAAGACCUGACAGUGGUUAUGGCUGCACUUAUGCGAACCAUGGCCUUGUUCAUCGUUGAGGCCAGCCAGUUGAUGAUGGUGAGGGUACAACAGGCACGAGACAGCCGACAGGGGGAAAUGGUGGAGGUGGAAGUUGAGGAGGGGGACGAGGAGAUGUGGAUGCAGACAUCUGCGACGGCUCCAGGAAAACGCAUGCACGAGGAUGUGGAGCAGAUGGCGGAGGACGAACGAGAGGUUCGCAGGCAGAAGCAAGCAGAGGCUACCAUGCUAGAACAGCAACUGGAGGCUCGUGCACGUGAGGAGGAGGACCAGGCUCGUCAGGAUGAAAUGCUUUUCCUCAGACACCAGGGCGCUCGCUACAGAGAUUGGGAGCAGUGGGAGGUCCUCAAUUGUGGCCCCUCCAAGCCGCGGCGACUUCAGGCAUCGUUGUCGUUGGUGCAUGGAGAAUCAGCCGAGCAAAUCACGUGCAGUGUGCCACUAGCAAGGGGACGGGCUAUUGACCUUCGCAUACAGCUUCAUGAACGAGGCGGUGACGAAUCAGGGGUGGCCCCCACCCAGGUUGAGGACACUGCGAGGGGUCCGGUGCUGUCCGAGGCGGAGUAUAUGCACAUGUAUCGGGAGUGGAUGCAGGGGCGGGUAUCGGAGGAGGCCUUGGAGCAGAUGGUUGGGGCUGAGAUGGUUGCCAUGUUUCAGGCACAGCGACUUGUGGAGGGAAGCAGUCAGCCAGGGGGAGAGGGUGUACAGGAGGCAGACCAACUGAUCCAGCAUGGUGCUGAGUGUGAGGAUGCCCUGGUGAGUGAGGAGAUGGGGGUUCGAGGGUCAGAGCAAGAUGCAGAAAGCAAGGGGUUCAUGGAUGCCGCGUCUGCCGAAGCGAAGUGA